AUGCCAGAUAAUAUUACAAGCUUAGCAACACCGGGAAUAACCAAAAAUAACAUCACUAGAGGAGGAACUGCAUUUCUGAUUCGAAAUAAGAGUGACUUUUCUGUAAAGGAUGUCCAGACAACGAAUGAAAGAAUAAUGGGAAUUGAAAUUACCUACAGAUCGAAUCAAUUGUUUAUUAUAGGAUGCCUCCUUCCCUCAACAAACCAUCAUUAUGAGGAAUAUAAACGUGUGAUGCAGGAUGUAUUCGACUUGUUUGAUGAACUUAGUGAAACUGGUCCUGUAAUUUUAUGUGGUGAUUUUAAUACAGAUAUUAGAAAUAAACCCGGCAGUCCAAAAUCAAAGCUGCUCACGGAAAAUACGCUAGACAGAAACCUUUGCAGUAUAUUUUCGACUGGUAACCAAAUCGAACAUACAUUUCAAACAAAGGAUAAAAAAAUUAAGUCACUUUUAGAUUACAUUUUUGUUCCUGAAUGUCUUUCUCAAGAAGUAAAAUAUAAAGAAGUAUAUCAAGACUUUGCCUAUAAAGUUUCUGACCAUUAUCCCUUGCUUUGUGAAAUUGACAUAGCUAGUGUUUUCGCUCAGUUACCUCCCGACUAUUCAAGAAUCGUUCCAAAAUGGAAAUUUGCUGAUACCACCAAACUAGAAGCGUUCAAAAAUUCGUUUUCUAAUCUUUUUAACCCAGUAAAUACAAGUUCCCUACAUAAGGAUAAUAUCGACACUUUCCUUGUCCAUAUUACUGCUUCAUUGCUAGCAUCCUCCGACCAACAUAUACCACAUGGAAAUUUUAACCCGCAUUUAAAACCAUACUGGAAAAAAUCCGAGCUAAACAACGCCCAUUAUGAUAUGAGAUGUUCUAGAAGGACUUGGAAAUCUAUGGGAUCUCCUAGAGAUAAACAAAAUGAAUACUAUGAAAACUAUAAAAAGUCAAAACGUAAAUUCAGAAAACUACACAGACUUGCACAAAAAGAUUGGCACAAUUCAAUAUUUUACGAAAUUGACAAAGCUGCUGAGAUUGACAUAGGAACCUUCUAUAGGACAGCAUGGAAAAAUAAAAAACGAUCAGGUUCAUCUUUUCCAUCCAAACUUAGUUAUAAAGGAAAAACCGCUGAGAACAUUAAUGACAUGUGUAAUUUAUGGCAAAAAUAUUAUUCUGACCUUGCUAAUGAAGAGUACCAUCCAGAUAAAUUUGAUGAAAAUUUUACACACUUUAUAGAUGAAGCUGUGCAGAACAUCGACAGUAAUCUACAGAACAACGAGAACUUAUUCACGGACGGAGUCGUAAUAUCCAUCGAAGAAGUCAAAUACCAAAUUGAUCAGCUUACCAAAGGGAAAGCUCCUGGACCAGAUUUUCUCACUAACGAACACCUCAUAUACAGUGGUCAUUUUGUAGCAGAACAACUGUGCUUACUUUUUAAUGCUAUAAUUAGAGAAAAAUACGUCCCUGAAAUUUUUAAAUUUGGGUUUAGAAAUGAUUAUGGAGCAAUUCCAGCUUGUUAUGUUCUAAAAGAAGCUAUUAGUUACUAUGUAGAUAGAGAUUCUCCAGUUUUCUGUGCAUUUUUAGACAAUGAAAAAGCCUUUGACAGAAUCUGGCACAAUGGUAUUCUAUUAGCAGAUGAUACUGCUUUAAUGAGCAAUUCACCAACAUCAUUACAGUGUUUACUUAACCUUGUAGAAAACUAUGCAUUUACCUGGAGACUCCAUUAUAAUCCAAGCAAAUAUGAAAAGUGA